GCUCUUGUUUCUCACAUCUCUGGUGAUUGUCGAGUGCUAUAACGAACACGCGAGAACAAACCUACGGGGGAUUGCCAUCAUGAACUUUUACGCUCCACCACCUACCAUCACGGCCGAGCUCCAUGUCCGGAUCCCUGACGAGCUGCGUUGCGUAGGCCAGGAGACCGAAUGGCGUGGAGGCUCCGCGGUCCAAUUCCAGCACAUCUUCCUAGAGGGCCCCGUGGUAGACACUGAUGGAAACCUCUAUAUUGUCGACAUUCCAUACGGGAGGAUCCUGAAAAUCGACAGCCAAAAGAACGUCACAGUAGCUGCGCAGUGGGAUGGCGAGCCCAACGGGCUUGUAGGAACUCCAGACGGAACCCUGAUGAUUGCCGAUUACAAGCAGGGCAUCCUCGAAUUCGACCCGGCGACUGGCAAAGUCGGGCCCAAGCUCACACGGAAGAAUCUCGAACGAUUCAAGGGGCCUAACGACCUCAUCAUCGACUCCCAUGGAAACCUGUACUUUACAGAUCAAGGCCAGACUGGCAUCACGGACCCAACAGGAAGAGUGUACAGGCUCUCACCCCAGGGGAAGCUGGACACGUUACUGGAUAACGGAGCGUCGCCGAAUGGGAUCGUGCUUUCCGUAGAUGAACGCUUCUUGUACGUUGCCAUGACACGGGCGAACCAGGUCUGGCGCCUGCCACUUCACGAGGACGGCACAACGAGCAAAGCCGGCGUGUUCUUCCAGUCAUUUGGCAAUGCCGGGCCGGACGGCCUGGCAGUUGAUGAGGAGGGCAGUCUGUUUGUGUGCCAUCCCAGUCUUGGUUCAGUCUUUGUCGUGGACAGCCACGGUGUGCCCAAGGCGAGGAUUGUCAGUGGUACAAAAGGACUGAACCUCACAAACUGCUGCUUCGGCGGCCCCGAGCACAAGACGUUAUACAUCACGGACAGCAUGGAAGGAAACGUGCAAAAGGUGGAUUGGCACUGCCGGGGUGCUGUCAAGGCACCAAAACUGAAGAAGCGCGAAUAGCCGUCCUUCUCAGCUGGGUGCGGAGGCGCACGGGCGUGAGGCUUGACUCACGCGUGAGCCCUCUAGCUGUCUACUAGCAUUGGGCUGUUUCCUAGAAAUGGCACUGAUAUUCGAUUCCUGGUGUUAGCUGCGCAUGUUCAGGCCGUCUCCACACUCAGCCGCACCCAUGC